AUGGCUGUAUGCUAUAUCGAAUACUAUGAAUUGAGACAGAAAUCCUACAGGUCUUUAUUAUAUUUAAAAUAGUAUAAAUUUAUGCUUUUUUUAUGAAUUAAAAUUUAGUCUAUAAUAUUGAAAUGAUAUAACUAUUAUAACUUUUAUUGUUUAUUUUGUUUACCAGAAUGGAUGCUAGAAUAGCUGACAGUAUAAUAUUAACAUAAGCAACAGAAUUUAUAUGGAAACAGAAAGGGACUUUGACAAUAUUCACAGGUCAUGUGUCUGAUAUACAAGUUUGAACAUCAUACGUGAUGAAUUUAAUAGUUUUUUUUAUAACUAAACGCACUGAUAUUGAGUGAACGAUUUAGAAUAAUAGAAUUUCAUAUCAAAACUAUCAAAUACAUUGGAAUUCAUAUACAUCUACUCAAAAGCAUAGAGGAAAUAUUAUAGUUUUAACUUAUGGAGCUAUUCUAUAAAUUAAAAGUUUUAACAAUUAAAAUUAAUUAUUAUAAAUUAUAUGUUAUACUGAGAAAAGAGAAAUCAGUAUUCAAUAAAAAAAACCAUAAGCAUAGAAAACAAUUAUAAAAAUGUAUUUAAUAUUGUACCACUGUGGAGUUGUAUCCAUACAUUACAGACCAAUGAAGUGGCUGUGUUAAUGUUGAGAUUCAUAUGAUAAAAAUGUUUUAUGGAUGCUGAUUAUAGUGUUAAUACCUAUAGACAUAUUCACUUUAAUAUUCAAUUUAUUUAAGUCAGAGGACAUUCUAAAUGCUUGGACUACUUCUCAAGCUUUCUCAUCUAUGGUCUAAAUCGCACAAGUUAUGGGCUUGCUCAACUGGUGCUGAAGUUUGUGUACAUUCUAAUUACAAGAGUUUUGCUGAAAAACAAUGCAUUUUUUAAAAAGUAAAUAAAAUUAUGAAACUUCUAAAACACAUUUAUGUCAUUGAUUCAAUGUUCUAAUGUGAUGUGUUUUAGGACAAUGGUUGCAAUUAAUGACAAUAGAGAAAAUUUAAUGAUUUGGUCGGACAAAUGUUGUUUUUUUUUGAGUUAUUCAAUUGAUGGAGUUAUAGAUCAUUUGACAAUCACAUCUUUAACAGUAAGUAUUGAAAUUAUUAUCUUUCAAUCAAAUUUACAAAUGCUUUGGCCCUUGCUUCAGUAUACAAAGUGAAAAGAGUAUACAGAAUUUCUAGAACCUUGCUAAGAUUCCUCUAUUUUGAAAUUAUAAUUUAUAAUUCCAAGUAAACUGGGGAUUAUAUAUGUUUUACUAUAAUUUUUUUUUUAUUCUGUGUAGAAAAUUUCUCCUAAAAAUCUUUCCCUGGUAAAAACAUAGCAAAAGACCUAUCUUGAUGCAAUUUGUUUUAUUUUUUUGGUAAAUAAAGAAGCUUAUUUUUUGAAAUUCUUAUCAAUAUCAGAUUAAUAACCAAUUACUGGUUAUUAAGAUUAAUCAAGUGUGAAACAUACUAAAAGGUUAGUGUCUAGGUUGUCAUUAGCCACCGAUUUUCUUUAUUUUUUUUCAGGAUAUUGUUUUAUUAUUUUAAAUCUUUUAUCUUUUAAAUAUUAAUACUAAAAAUUUGAAAUUUGAUUGUUUGUUUGUGUUUCUUUUUAUACAGUCCAAUAUUUGUAGCAAUGAAAUUUUUAAAAAAAAUAAUCAAUUUUGUUUUUAAAUUCAAAGACAAUUGUUGUGUAUACAUGUUGACUCCUACUGCUUGCAAAGAAAAUACCCGUUGCGAAAGUUGGAAUCAAAUAUUUAGGCUUCUUACCUAACCUAAUCAAAUCUAACCCUUUUUUAGUCAUUUUAUUUUUUAAUUAUUUUAUUUUUUAAUUUAAACUUAAUACAUAAAUAUAGACAAAAAUAUUAUUAUUUCUGUGAGCUUAAACUGAAGAGUAUAAGUAAACUUUUAUCGCCGUUUAUUUUAUGUAGUGAUAAAUAACAGUUAUAGCAUAGUGUCAAAAAUAACAUAAACUCACAUUUUAAACAAAACUUUGUUUUCUAAAUAGGUACAUUAUUUUAUGAAAAAAUAACUUGUACUAAAAAUUUUUUUAGACAUACGAGUAUAAUUAGAAUUAAUUAAUAUGUUACUACCAAUUGAAAUAAAUUCUUUGAUUUGAAUUAUUUAAGAUGAUUAAAAUGUGGAAUUUAUAAUUAAAAAUUGAGUCUGGCCAAUAUGCAAUAAAUUAAAAUUUGAUUGUAAAAAAAUGAUUUAAAGUAUUAUGUUGGCACAAAUAUGAUUUUCUUUCAGGGAAACAUGGUAAAGUUAGUGAAUUUAAAAAAGUAGCAACUCUGAAUUUAAAUUAAUGUAAACGUCAAGAAAUGAAUUACUGAAAAUUAACAAUUCAUCAUUAUUAAAGUUUUGUAACAUUUACAUUUUGUUUCAACAUAUAUUUAUAAAAUGGCUAUCUUAGAUUGGUAAAAAAAAAAUUAUUAAAACAAAUUAUAUGCUAUUAGUUUAUUAGAUAUAAAGAAAAUAUAAAUUUUAGGAAUUAUAUUGUAAAAAUUCAGUAAUUAUUACAAGAAAUAAAAAAUUAAAAAAUAUGAAUACUACCCAAAAUAUUUCUAGAAUUUCUGAUAUUUUUAUUAUUACUUGUUAAUAAUAUUUUAUGUAUACUAAAUAACCUACCUAUAAAUUAGAAAUUAUACUACCAUAUAUUCCUGGUUGUUGGGUAGAUGAGAGGGCUGAAGGAAAUCUAAGACUAUUGUUCUAAAUAUUUUAUAAUUUUUUUAAUAUUUUAUUUGCGUUAUAUUUGAAUGUGAUAUUUAACCAAUCCACCCCCUCCCCACCAUCUAUUAAAAAAAAAAAUCCUUUUGCAGUUUUUUGUCGGUUAUUGUAUCACUGUGCCAAUAUUAUACAUAUCAACUAGAAAUUUACUAUUUUGACUCAGUUCAUUUUAAGUAGGUUAAAGUUGACUCUCUUUUUUUUUAUUAUUAUCAUUUAAUAUUUUAGCUGUUUUUAGUUGCUAUGCUUGCUAUCAUACUUUGUAUAAUUUUGUAUGGGCACGUAUUGUUUGCAUUUCAAAUUGCACAAAAACAUUUUGUAAUUGGGUAUAUAUUUUCAUAGUAUUUUUCUGUUAUGAAUAUAAUUACAUCUGAUUUAUGAAUUGACAAAAAAACCUUAUUAAUUUCGAAAUUAUGUUUAUGUAUGUAUUUAACCACAAGCAUUUAUAUUUGGUAGAAGUUAAUAGGUAUCCCUCUAAAGAAAACUAGAGGUCUAUUUAUGAUGCUUAAUUUUUCUAAAAAAAAAUGUAUUAAGGUAAAAUUUUUUAAAUAAAAAUUAUAUAAUAGUAUAAAAAAUAAAAUAUUAUUUUUAUAUGUUUUUUCAGAAUAGAACUUCAGACAAAUAUUCAAGAAACUCAGUCAGUGAUUCGAUUUGA